AUGGUUGACGACACGCCGCGGAAGCAGCCAGAUGACGGUCGAUCCCCGUCCCCACCACUGAACAGGGCUCACGCAGAUCGUCAUGGGAGUCAAGCAUACGAGACUCUGUACCCUGGCGAGACCCUAGCUGGUGGCACUAGUGGUGGUCAUCGCUCAACACCAAUCUCUGAAUCGCUAGACCCCGAGCAACAGCAGACUCCCGACGGCGUCACAGGGGCUCAAGGUCCAGCGGAAGCUCCCAUCCAGGCGGAAAACAGCUGGAUGGACGCCUGGUGGAUGUACUCCCAGGGCUCGAUCGGCAGUACAAAUGAUCAAACACAUUCGACACAGCUGCAACCAGAAGUGCAGCUGGAGCACGCAGAACUCCAGAUGUUGUCACUACCGGAGCGACCUGCGCAGCCCACAGGUUACGGUGUAGAAGUCUUGUCCACCGAGAACGCUGCCAAGACGGACCCUGCACAAGAAGUUGACAAGCGACGGUUUCUCUUUCCUCGUUACAAGUUCGAGCCGUGGAAGUCGGAUGAGAAACCAUGGGAAAUGGACGAGAUUAUAGAUAAAGUGGGAACCAAGAGGAGGAAGGAAAUCGCAGGAUUCGACGCAGACAUCAGCCUUGUCCCUUUGGUAAGAUACGCAAGCAGCAAGAUCCGGGCACAAAAGUCCAGGGCCGACUACCGAACUUGGGCCCAAGGAGGUAAAAAGUCUAAGCAGAACCGAGACACCGAAGGUCUCCCCACCAAAAAAUCACGUCCAUUGGCUUCAGAGCCACAGCUACUCGGCCGGAGCUGA